GUUGUAGAACUCAACAAAGGUUAAAAGAGGACUCACUGAGAGGUUUUAUGGACAGAGAGCGAUUUGUUGCAGCCUGCACAUCUCAUUAUCUUAACACACGUUCAUGGACAAAACUGAAUCAAGGGGUGACAAAGAGAAGUGCUCAGAGGGAUUUUUGAGAGACAGGUGAAUGAUGAUCAAUGCAACAAUGUUAGGUUCAUUCACCUUGUUAGGAUUGAAGAACACUACAGCAAAGUACCGCCUGAUGCUUUUUACUCUAACCCUGCUGUGUUACACUGUGAUUAUACUUGUGAAUGUGGCUCUUGUUCUUACUGUCAUAUUAGAUGAAAAACUUCAUAAACCCAUGAACAUCUUCCUGUGUAAUCUGUGUUUUAACAGUCUUUAUGGGACGGCAGCUUUUCACCCUAAAUUUCUCUUUGAUCUGUUGUCCAACUCUCACGUCAUAUCUUACUCUGGUUGCCUGCUGCAGGUCUUUUUCAUCUACUCCUAUGCAACAACUGACUUCUCCAUUCUUGCUGUGAUGUCUUAUGAUCGAUAUCUGGCCCUGUGCCGCCCUCUGGAGUAUCAUUCCAUUAUGACCAAACAUAGAGUUGCUUUACUGGUGUGUUUCUCCAGGCUGGUACCAAUGAUCUGUCAGGCUGUUGUGAUAAUCAUGACCUCUAAACUGACUUUAUGUGGCUUCCAGAUAGAAAAAUUAUACUGUGAAAACUGGUCCAUCCUCAAACUUUCAUGCUAUUCAACAACAUUAAAUAAUAUUGUUGGAUUCAUUGUCAUACUUAUAUAUUGUGGCCAUGCUCUCUUCAUUUUGUGUUCCUACAUACAGUUGGUUAAGUUUUCUUUAAAGUAUCCAGAAUGCAAGAAAAAGUUCCUGCAGACAUGCAUGCCGCAUCUAAUAUGUCUGAUCAACGUUAUCGUUGCUCUUCUUUUUGAUGUCAUGUACGCUCGAUAUGGAUCAGAAUCUGUGGCACAGAGUUUAAAAAACUUCAUGGCAAUCCAGUUUCUGAUAGUCCCGCCAAUGCUCAACCCAAUCAUAUAUGGUCUGAAUUUAACUGAAGUUCGCAAAAGUUUCUUGAGACAAUGUAAGUACAACAAGCAAGUGGGGAGGUUAGAAUAA